CACAACUCAAACGUUAUACCGUAUAGCAGACGAUAUUAAUAACAGGAGAUCUAAUACCAUCUAACUUACAACAACAUAAUCAUAAACAGGAAGGUUAAAUUAUUACUAGUCAACGUCUGAGGGUACAUAAUAGAGUAUUCUGACGUCCAAGAUCAAGCUACAAAACUCUGUGUCCCAAGUUCUUCUCCUGAUGAAGUAAAGUCCUGCACCAGGAUUUCUUUGCCAAGAUGAAUACUUUGCUAUUGAGGUCUGCCCAGGAAAAUGAUACAAAGGACAAAUAUCAGGAGUCAUUUCGAGAAACAGACGUAGACUGUGUCUCUGUGUCACCCAUUGGCUUUGAGUUCAUCAACCUUGAAACCCUGUAUGCUCAUAUCUCACAUCCUGAAGAUCACUCGGGACUCAUCUUUUCAAGUCCAAGAACGGUCCAAUCAGUGGCUCUCUGUCUCAAGAAACAUGAUGAGAAUAAUGAAUGGGAUGCAAGAUUGAGGGAUGAAUGGAAUAAACUUCCUGCCUUCAGUGUAGGAACAUCUACAGGAGGAGAAGUGAGGAAACUAGGCCUUCAUCCUGUAGGAGAAGACUCUGGAAAUGCUGAAAAUCUUUGUCGUAUUAUCUUAGAAGCUGUCAAGUCUGGAUCAAAACCACUUCUCUAUCCCUGUGGUACAAUGAGAAGAGAAGUUAUCCCCAAAACAUUACAGAAAGAAGGAAUCCCCUUUAGAGAAGAUGUGGUGUACCAAACCAUUCCCAACCCAGAUCUAGAAAAAGAACUGUCAAAAUACCUGCAAGCUAAGGGUUCACCAUUCUGCAUAGUGUUCUUCAGUCCGUCCGGAGUUCAGUAUUCCAAAGAUGUGCUUCACAAAUUCAAAUCUGACUUACAGAAUACAAAGUUCUUGGCUAUUGGUAGGACUACCCAAACUGCAAUGGAGGAGCAUGGGUAUAUGGUUGCUGGUGUUGCGGAGAAGCCCAACCCAAUAGCAUUGCUUCAAGCAAUCAAACAAUGUCACGAUGGAUCAGAUUCAUAAUGGAGAAAAUGAACUCAUCUUUUGGAUUCACUUGUUCUCAAAAACAUACUAAAAUGGACCUUUUACAAAAGGGGCAAUACAAACUGUGCAAAUAUACAGGAGAGUCCAACUACAGAAAAUAUUUUGUCUGUUUAAAUCAUAUUGAAUGGGUAACUUGUAAAUUGGUCUGUAUCUAUUUUGUCUACAUUUCAUCCCACAUGGUUUAAUCCUAGUACGUCUACAACCGGUUUUUAUCGAACCGUUUGGUCUAAUUGCCAUUAACCCCAUUUAUAAUUUUAUCUAAUUUCUAGUUAGGUUAUACCUGUUUGGUCUAAUUGCCAUUUAGUACAUUUGCCACUUUGUCUAAUUUUCAGCCAGUUUGGUUUUGCCCAUUCUGUCUAAUUUCCACUUUGUUUGCCACCUCUAAGUGUAUAUGAUUAGAUGAAGUAUUCAUGAAUCAAAUUUUCAUUUGAUAAAGUGCAAAGCGAUAAGUAGAUGAAUGAGAAAUAAUGCUAUCUGGGCAUUAGACGACAUGACAUUUAAACCAAAUGAGUAUUAGACUGAUUGGCCCGUAUUCUGAAGUCGGUUUAAUUUAAACUCAGGUUUAAAGUUGUGGUUUAAGUAUGGCGAGCCAAUUGUUACAUAAAUCACUAACAGUAGAGAUAUAAUACUUCAGCUCAUUUGGCUCUCAAAUCAUUCAUAAUUGUCUAGGAAGAAUAAAAAGAUUAUUGGCUUCACCAUCGAUGAACCAGGAAAGAGCACAGUAAACAUGAGAAACAUACAACUUAAUAACAAAUUUGAUACUUUUGGCUUCCCAUACUUAAACCACAACUUUAAACCUGAGUUUUACUAAAACCCGACUUCAGAAUACAGGCCAUUGAGUAUUAGAUCAACAAAGGUAGCUCAACCAAAAAAGAAACCUUUAUCAAUCAGAAAAUGUGUGCACUGCCAUGGGUGUUGACCCUCUAUUUCUGCUUUGGCAGGAAAUCUCUACACUUGUGCAAUAUAUGUAUGUAAUUAAUGAAAAUUUCAGUCAUAAAACAAAACGAAACAGAUUUCCAUACCAGGUAGACAAUGCUAUUGAUAUGAAUGUCUGCUGAAGUCUCCAGAAUGGAAAUGAUCCCAAACUGAAAACAAAGAUUUGAACAGGAUUUAUUUUUUUGUUUAAUGGUCAUCAUUGGUCAUGUUGUAUUACUCCACUCAGGGAUGACUUUGAUCUAUUACUGUGCAACAUUUUGUCCAUACUUCCAUACCACUAUAUCUUCAUACCUGUUUUGAUACAGUGAUAUUUUCUAGCCUUGAUAUAUUUCUCUGGCUUGGGUGAGCAUGCUCUCAAUAUCCUUGUUAAAUUGCGCCAUCAUGAGGAUAAUGGAAUCUUUUUAGAUGAGGCAAUCUCAUUUGAUUUGAGGAAACAUUUUCAUAGAAUAAUAUUAGCAAGAGGCUGAUUGGUGUCUGAUACCGUAUUUUUUUUGGUGUAUUCUAAUGUUUUAUCACAAUCACCCAAUUCAAUACCAUUAUCAAAUUUCUCUUUAUUUGUGAGUCUUCUUUCACUCUUAAUUCAAAUUUUAUAUACUCAAUAUGUAUAUUUUAUAUGUAUCUUAUUAUUUGAAAUAUAUCUAAUAUAUAUUUUAUCACAAUAUGGGAACAGUAAUAUAUUGUGUAAUGAAAAUAGUAUCUCUCAAAUUAUAUUAAGUUAUAUAGGAUAACUAAUUCCUUGUGAAAUGAAAUUGUGGAUAUAUUUGAUAAAUAAACCCCUUAAACCAUUGUAAAACUCAAAAUUGGCAAUUUUGUUUGUCAAUGGUGAUAAGUAGUAGAGUUGUAUAAACAAUUUGUAGUUCAAUCUUCGGGUCCUUUUCUCAGUCGGUCAUAUAAAUUUAUCAUUUGUCAAAGGCUUAUUAUGUACAUGAAAAAAAAUGGAGCUAAAUUUGUAUGUUAAAAUCCAGUGUGUGUAAUUUUCAUGAUCUGAGAAAAAAUUAUGACUUUAUCAUAACUUUGAUAUCAUUAGUUCAAUUUUGUUUUAACUUUCACCAAUCUCUUUGUGUGAAUUUUCAUGCUCUGUUUCAAACAACUUGCCAAUGAUUUGAUUUGACUAUUUUACCUUUCCUAGGCUUGCCCAUCCAAUUCCUUUAAGUGUGCUCUGUAUUUCCAUUAGGAUUGUUAAUAGACACUUAUUCACUCUUGUUAUAGUGUGUAUACUGUGCAACACAGUUUAGUAAUAUCAUCCAUGAGGUUAGUAAGAUCGAUCAUAGUUAUUCAUUUGAGAGAUUGGUUGAACAUAAAAUACCACCUGGUGAGUGAUAGGCCAAAUAUUCACGUUAGUUCUAACCAUUCAGAAAGUAAAAUUCUUAGAUAUUGAUAAUAGAAACCAUGGGCCUGUUUCAUAAAUACAAAAUAGCCAUUUAUUGCAACUACAUCGGUAACCUUGAUUGUGAUUGGCUGCUGAGCAUUGUUACCAUGGUAGUUGCAAUAAUGGAAAGUUGCCAUAGUUGUAAUUUUUUAAUGAAAUGGGCCCCGGGUAUAAUAGGUUUUGUGUAACACUGACUUUGAGAUAUCCAGAUAAACAUUUCCUUAAGGAUAGUGAAACUUCAAUAUACAAUAUAACAGCGCUUUCAAAUAACAUGUUUUAUUUUGUAAAUCUGAAUACUUUUUUUACUGAAUCUAAUGACUGAACAGGUAUAUGGUAUGUAUAUAUAUAUAUUUCCAUAUUAAAUAUAUUGUUUAUUAUAUGA